AUAAACUUUUAUUUUGUACCUUGUAUUACACUCAUUUUGCAAAACAAGAGAUUUUAAAGUGUUUUGUAUGUUUAUAUGCAGAAUUUCCCAAAAGAAUAUUGUUUAUAUUGUUUAUAUUGUUUUUCUGUUUUCAGAAUCUAAAUAUAAUGCAGAAUUGCCCAGCAGAAUAACGGCACUGAGCGGCUCUUGUGUGCAGAUACCUUGCAGAUUUAAUGUGUCAGAGAUCAGUUUGAAGAACACAGAAAGAUUAUUUGGCUUCUGGAUAAAGAAGAAUUAUCUUUUUCUCAAUCUGGAGAAUUUUGUAGUUUUUAAUGGAACUUCAAACAUCACCAAAGGAUUCAGUCAUAUAGAGAUACUUGGAAAUCUUACUCAUCGUGAAUGUACCACUGUUUUCUAUGAUGUGAUGAACAAUCAUUCAGACAAUUACUACUUCAGGGUGGAAACAAAGCCAUCAGAUUGGAAAUACACAUACAGUGUCAACCCCAUCAACAUUUCUGUUACUGAUUCACCACAACCUCUCAUCCUUAAACCCACUGAUCUGAAAGAUGUGAUGGAGGAAACAUUAGUCAAUCUGAGCUGCUCUGCUGAAGCCCCCUGCCCCAAACAACCUCCUACAAUAUCCUGGUCUUACAUCCCUGAAUCUGCCAACAUUACAACACAGUUAAAGGAGAAACCUGAUAAAACCCAGUUAGUGUUUUCACACAUGACCUUCAAAGCUUCAUACGUGGAUCACAGAAGGAACAUCUCCUGCACUGCUAAAUAUCCAAGAAAUACAUCUAAUGACUCAACUGUGGAGACCACCGUGAUGUUACGAGUCCUGUUUCCUCCAAAAGAAACUCGCAUCACCAUCGAUCCAUCUGCUUCAGUCUCUGUUGGCACUAAUGUGACUUUGACCUGUAAAAGCAAAGCCAAUCCAUCAAAUGACAUGGUCUUCUUCUGGCACAAAUGUGGUAAUGAGAAUCAGCUGGUUUCAGGAGAACAACUGACCUUUACUGUAAAUAGGAGGAGUGGAGGCCAGUACUUUUGCAUAGCAAAGAAUGAACAUGGUAUUCAGAUGUCAGAAGAGAUCCAGCUGACUGUGGCAGUAGAAUUAUCCGUGCCUUUGAUCGCAGGCUGUGUAGGAGGAAUUUCAGCUUUACUGUUGUUAUUUCUUGUGGCAACACUUUUAAAAAGGUAUGCAAAGACUAAAUAUGAUGUUCCACAAAUGUUCAAGUUUGUGAUUUAUGAAUUUCCCAUCAAUACAGGGUGCAAAAGGCAAAAGCAUCCAGUGAAUCCAUUGUUCGAGAAAGUGAUCAGGGUCAUGUACAGAUCGACUGCAUUUAUGAAAAUGUUUUCAUGAAAAGAAAGUAAUAACAGAUGCCGAAACGAGAAUCACAUGAUCCACAUAGAGUAAUUGACUUUUCCACCAACUGUACCAUUUGAAAUGCCAAAAGACUAUCAACUUUUACUCUACAUCAGAACUAUGAUCAUAUGAUUUAACAAAUGUCAUCUGCUUGGAUAAUAUAAAAAAACAUGUCUUAAACAAAAUAACAAUUGUGUCUUUUGUCUCUGGUUAGAAAAUAAGUAACAUUUUACAAUAAGGUCCCAUUAGUUAAAAUUAGUUAACUAACAAUGAUCAAGACAGGCUGUUUGUGUCAGGGUUAUAUCUGUUUGCCUGUUCUGUUGUAGUCUGUGUUUCUUAGUUGUAUUCUAGGUUGUUAAUUAGUCCUGUCCUUGUUUGUUUCCUUGGUUACUGAUUUGAUUAGAGUUCUUGUUUCAAGUGUGUCUAGUCAGUGUCUCUUUUUGUUUCCCUUGUAAGACAAGGCAAGGCAAUUUAUUUUGUAUAUAUAUACCCUGUGUUUUCCCUUAGUCUCUGUCGGUUCUCGUUUGUGUUGAUGGUGUUUCUUCUGGAUUAUUGUGAUUAAAGUCUUCCUUUUUGCAU